AUGUUGUCUUCUUCCGCUCUUACCGCUGCUCCAUGUGGCCUUCAACCACUACUCAAAGAAGUGGCCCCGAAGAGGCUGUUGCUUCACGGUCCACGGUUCGACUCGGUGGCUCCUGUUGCCGCGCCGGCCUCGCAUAAGAGGAACUCCUUCAACGCCCACGUGAUCAUGAUCCUCGCCGUCGUCCUCUGCGCUCUAAUCGGCGCCGUUGUAAUGAGCGUCGUCGUCCGAUGCGCGCUUAGCGUCUCGCGGUGUGUCUGGCCCGAAGUACCCCGGGAACCCGGGCCCUGCCUUCCGGCCGAUUACGCGGCGGCUGCCCGGGUCAAGGGGGAGGCCGUCGCCGCAGCAUCCGGCGUGAUUGUGUACUCAUCCGAACAGUGCGGCGGCGGGUCGUAG